UCUUAAUUCUGCCUCGCAAACGAUAGCACCAGCCCGCGCGAUAAGGGCGCUGUGCUGUUGAUCACUUGAACUUGACUGCUCAAGAUAGUCAAGUGAAAUAAUAAAAAAGCCCCCAUACAGGAGUAGGAUUCGCAAACAAUAUAAAACGUUCCGCCGUAGCCGGCCGCUGGUUCAUUCGUUUACUGCUGUCUGGUGAAGGCAGAAGUCACCACGCCCUCUCUAGAACCUGGUAAAUCCCGAAGCGAACUGAGUAAAAGGAAAAAUGAAGGCACUGCUCGUGCUAGCACUGCUGUCGGUGGCUAUUUCGACCAUCGUAGCUGAUCGUGAUGAGGCGCUCAAUCUGUUCACACAGCUGAAGCGCGUCAAGAAGGGUGGACGGCUGUUUGGAGCUGAAGAUGAUUUCGUAUCGCUCGUACAGUCAGAGCUGCUGCUCGCUGAGGAAGAGUACGUGCGCUCGUCCAUCCAAGGCGAGUCGUCGAUCCUGCAGGAACUGACCACCGCCGAGGCACAGGCAAGCGGGCCACUCUGUGUCGACUUUAUCCGCCAGAAGACGGGACUGAUGCUGAACCUGGCCGGUGUAUCGUACACCUCCUGCCUGAACCAGGUGGACGAUGCGUUGUUCGAGAAGCUGUCGGAUGCUACGGAUGGAGCUGUCACGCGCGACCAGUACGAUCAGGCCAAUGUGCUGAACGCGUUCCGGGGCGAGAACAUCUUCGUCGAUCCGGCACGCAUUCGAAGCAAGCUGCAGGAGCGGAUGCGUGCCACCCUGAAGCUACCGUCGUUGAGUUCGGAAUCGGUGAAGGAUAUUCGUGAUGAGUUGGACGAAGUGAAGGAUCAGUUUGUGGAGUGCAUGACGACGGCACGGAGUGUACUGGAUAAGGCGCUGGAUGGUACCACGCAGCAGUACCAUCUUGUGUGUGCGAAAAAGCAGCAGUAAGAGCCAAUGAUGUGAAGCCAAUAAAGAUCGUGAGCUCUUGUUUAUUCAUUGAAAUAUAUCGUAAAUUAUUGAACGUAUUCGUUGUAAUGUUACUAAAGAUUUUUUAUAAAUAAAGUGGACAAAAAAACUA